AUCAAGGCUCACCCAUGGCACAAGGUAUGAUCAUUUUCCUUGCUUGUGACUGCUUUUUUUGUUUUUUUCCUGUUUUCUUUGACUUGUCUUCUCCUGCUAAAAGUGCAACCAAAUCUUCUCCAAUUUCUCAUUAUAUCUUCCAUAAAAGAAUGCCGCCUGAAGCUGUCGAUCCUGUCUCGAGGCUUCUUCAGUACUCCCCGAAUUUACGGAGCACAGCUCUGGAGGCAUUAAUUCACCCAUUCUUUGACGAGCUCAGAGACCCAGAUACCCGUCUGCCAAAUGGUCGGUUUCUACCCCGCUCUUUUAACUUCAAGCCUCAUGAGUUGAAGGGAGUUCCCAUGGAGAUCGUAGCAAAGUUGAUUCCAGAGCAUGCAAGAGAGCAAUGCGCGUUCCAGGAAUGUAAUUUGCAAGGCAAAAGAAAAUGUGAUCUAAGAAUUUCUUAUGUUAGUUGCACGCGUGAUCGUGUCAAACCUUCGUUUCUUUCUUCUUGUUUCCAUUGUACUAUGGCUGCUCCCUAGUUCUCUCAAGCAGAUUGGUGUCUGCCGUCGAUCUCCCAAAACCUCAAUGGGUCUCUCCGCUAACCCUUGCUUUGAUCGACGCCUCAUUUUUAUAACGUAACU